AUGGAUAAAACGAAUCAAAUUAAAAAAAAAAAAAACAAACAGAACAACGCCUUGCGUGUAGAAAAUGAAAGAAUGAACGAAAUAAUAAGUAAGUCAAAUGAGAGGACAAACUCCUGUACCAAAAACAUGCAGAAUCACAUGACAGAAGGACAUACACAGCUGCCUGAUAAAGCGAAAGCACCUAUGUCGGAAGGCACAGAUAGAAGUGAACAAGUAAUGAACAGUCACAGGUUCCCCUUGCAUAGUGACGUAUCAACACCGAAGAGUGAAUUAUACGAAAUGGAUUUACAAAACAGAAGCUAUGAAAAAAAUAUAAAUGCAUACAACUCCUUAUCAACACCAUUUAGUAAUGAAACUGAAAAAAAAGGGACUAAAAAUACACUUGUUCAAAAUUUUGGCUCCAUAAAAGGAACUGUGCUCAACAAUAUGUAUGGUGAUACACUCAGCAGCUACACCAUCUACCAAGGGGGAGGAGGAGAAGGAGAAGAAGAAAACGCCUUGAAGAAUUCUACUGGAAUUAGCGAAAAUAAUUCCAUUUCAAAUUGUAGUUUCCACGGUGGGAUUAUUUCAAAUGGUUUGCUAAAUGGGGAGUUCCUCAGACAGGGGGAAAAAAUUCCUAAACCUGAUGACAAUGGUAAAAGUGGGGGAUACAAAAAUGGCAUCUCUGGCUCCAACGUUAGUCAUUGGCACGUUAAGGAAGCUCACCUAAGUGGUAUGCAUCCCCAGUUUUAUAACAGUAUGAACAGAUCUCUUGUGUGUACACACCCCCAGGGGGGAGAUAAAUUGUGGCGAGGUGAUGAUGCUGCAGAGAAAUUUGAACCCAUGCAUAAGGAACAGCUAGCUAAACAGACAAAUACAAAUUUGGUAGAUGCAAAAAAUGGGUUCUUCCAUAGAAAUAAUUUAGUUACGCACCAAGGGAAAGAAAACACAAGUCCAAGUAAUAACAACAUGUAUGAGCAAAAAUGGAACGUCAGAAAUAGCAACUCCUUCGUUAAGCAAAUGCACGUGAAUGACUACGAACAUGUGCACGCAGCUCAGUGCUCCACCACCAUGAAUUAUACCAGCGGUGCGAAUAAUCUUUUUAGUGUAAACCCAAAAAAUGCAUCCCCACAGGGUGCCAACUUCUACAUUAGUAACACCCAUGGGCGGAGCGUCACUCCGGAGGCAUAUUCACCAGGGAGAAGCGCGCCUCUCAUGAAAAAUGCCACCACGUAUAACCCCCCUAAGGCGAAUUAUAACCUGUACGAGGAGGUGAGCAGCCCCAACUGCGGCCACCUCUCCUACAUGAACAGUCAGGCGAUUAACACAACUCCUCCAUGGGAUAAUGACAAACACACAUUGGGACACGCGAAGCAGUACAAUGCAAACCUCAGUGGUGUCCACUCAAGUAGUCACAACAUAAUAAAAAAUGCCAGAUUGAACGAUGGGCAUAUGGGAUUGCACAGGAAGAAAAGCCACAAGGUGUUUGUGAAGAACACCCUCCUUAGUGAAGACCACAAAGCGCGAAAGAACUGUGUCGUAAAGGACACACUCGGGAGUAGCAGCCCCAUCGGACAAAUGAACCAAAAGAACAGCAGCAAUGUUUUAAAGUUCGUCAUCCCGGCUGGCAGCCUCAAAAGGGGGAGAAGCCUCAGUGGAGGAGUCAACCCGAGUUACUGCGACCCAAAUGAGGAACAGGAAAAAAAAAACAAAGAAAAUUGUAAACCGGGGGGAGAUAAGCAGAUCACACUGUCGGCCGCUUCUAAACCGCAUGAAGGGGGAAGAAGCAAGGACGAAAAUGGGAAGAUGGUAAAACCCGUUUAUGUGUCGCAGAAGGGGGGUCAAACUAACUGGGAAGGGACAAGCGGCGCCGAAGGGGGGUCAAUGCAGUAUGUUCUGUCUGGCCCGUCUGCCCCAUGUGGACAACCUGCCCAAUCUGGUCAAGCUGAGCACGCAGCCGCCUGUACACGGAAACCCCCUAACCGAGGCCAGUACGCGAAGAAGGGCAACCUGACUUACAGCGGCCUGCUAACCUCCAUGGUGUCCUCCAUACUGACGCAACAGAACGAGAGGCAGUCCCAAGAAGACAACUGCUUCAGCUACGCCUGGAAGGGAAGCGGGUAUGAUUAUUCCCUAUUGACCCAGACGGAGGAUGGAAAAGGGGGAGAAAAUAAAGACAAGGAAGAAAACAAGGGAAUAAAUAAUUACCAAUUCUCCAGCAACAUAAUCCAGCAACUGAGGAGUAAAUCUACUAAUGAGCACAUUUUACAACUAACCCUAACCCUAAUGAUAUGCAUAUCGGUUUUGUGUAAUUACGACCACGGUGCAAUACCCGUCACAUUGGAAGAAAUUCAGAAGGACUUCCCGCUCAGUUACAUUGAGCAGUCUCUUCUGGGCAGCUUAGUUUACUUUGGUUUAAUCAUUGGAACCAUAAUAGCAAGUGUCCUCUUUGAGCUCCUAACAGCAAAGCUACUAAUCACCAUAAGUACCCUGUUGCUCUCCAUAUCACUUUACGUCUUCAGUCAUGCUAACUGCAUCACCUUCAUGUACAUCUCAAGGUUCAUAAAUGGGUUGUGUCAGGCUAUCCCAGUUGUGUACCUUCCUGUUUGGGUCGACGAAUUUUCACCACAUGAGAAAGCUACACAAUGGAUGUCCUACAUACAGCUUGCUUCCAUAGGGGGAACUGUCUUUGGUUAUUUUUUGGGGGGGGUCCUUUCAAAUAGCUCGUACUCGUAUGGACGUAACAAUCCUCCGCUUCCGAAUGCUACCUUUGUCACCACGUGGAGGUCUCCCUUUUUAAUUCAGGCCUUCCUACUCGUCCCACUGUUUCUGAUUAUGCUUUUCAUUCCCUCCGAUAUGAUUAACAUUAGCUCGGAGGGCAGUGCGCCCAGCGAGGGCGAAGAGGAGGGGUCCUCUUCCGAGGAGGAGAUGCACGCAGGGGGCGCCUACAGCGCGGCGCACAUCAGCAACGAACGGCACGCGAACUACCCUCACCAAAAAGCGUCUGGCGAACCGAAGGGACAUCCGCUCAUCCCAGAAUCGACCACCUGCACACUGGACAGAAGCAAAUCGAGAUCCACCAGCAGACUCUAUUACGGAGCAUCCACUAGCUCUCUCCGCAGAAACUUCAACCGGUCAGCAACAUAUAUCAUGGAGAGAAAAACAAACGUCCUCAGAAAAACAUUAAAAGAAGUUAAAAAAUUACUCAAAAACAAACUCUACAUUAUUGUAACCCUAGGAAUGAGUAACCUCUACUUUGUGGUUACAGGAAUACAAUUUUGGAUCACCGAAUAUAUGUCCGUUGUGCUGUUGACAGAAAAAAUGAAAAUCGUCACCGUGUCCACACUAUGCUUCCUCACUUCACCAACAUCAGGGGUUUGGUUCGGAGGAUUUGUGUGUGAUUUAUUUGGGGGAUACAAAAAUACAAAUUACUCCAGAACAAUUAAGGUCGCAACUGCCUUUGCCAUUUCUGCUUGUAUCUUUGGGAUUCUGUCUGCUCACCUGAAUAAUUUUUUUUUUUUCUCCAUUUCGCUGUGGCUGUGUCUCUUCACGGGCUCCGCGCUGGUCCCCGUCGCCGUAGGAAUGCUCCUCUCCUGCGUGAACAACCACCAGAAGAGCCUGUCCUCCGCCGUCUCCCAAGUCAUAUAUAACGUCUUCGGCUGGUUCUCCGCCCCCUUGCUCUCGGGGAUAAUAAUGGAUAUCAUGCACAAAUACACGAACGACAACCGGCUGGCUCUCAAAGCUGGAUUCACCAUGAUUUUGUACUCCAGUUCCAUAGGCUUCCUGCUCCUGUUCUACGCGAAUUUUUUGGACUUUUCUGAUCGGAAAGAUAACGACGAAGCAGUAGAGCUGGAGGAGCCCCUGACCUAA